CCCAAACCUUUCUUCACAUCAGAAAAUCAAUCAUAUCUUACCGGACCCAAACAACAAAAAAUUAACUCUCUUCCCCAAAAUCGGCGAUUUCUAGGGUUUCUGGGUUGGGUUCGAUCAAGCACCUCUGAAUCUCAGUCGGCGCCGCCGGGACUCUUCGAUUCGGGGACUCUGAGAUGUGAGGGAUAUUGGUAGUGGUAGUCUGAAUUGAUGAGGAAGAAGAGGAAAGGAGGUGUGGAUGACACAUCCCCAGAUCCACCGGAGGCUCUGACAUCAAAGUCGUGCAAUUCACGGUCGUUGCCGCUAGAGGAUUAUUCAAGGUUGAAGAAGCGGUGUAAAGAAGAUGAUGCGGGUAAUGAAUCUGUGGGAUCGUAUAAAAGUAGGCUUGCAGGCAUUGCCACUGCUCCGCCGUGUGGGACUUCGUCUUUGGUCACACCAGGAAGAGGCAUCAAGAGGAAGAUAGGGUGUAUAGAUGUUGCUACCCAAAUGGGUAGGAAGAAUAAGAUUGAGGAAGAUUAUAGCAAGGGUGCUACAAUUGGACGUGGAAAGUUUGGUUCAGUUUGGUUGUGUCAGUGCCGGGGGAGUGGGGCAGAGUUUGCUUGCAAGACUCUGAAGAAGGGGGAAGAGACGGUUCAUAGGGAGGUGGAGAUAAUGCAGCAUUUGUCUGGUCAUCCUGGGGUUGUGACAUUACAGGCUGUGUAUGAGGAGUCGGAAUGUUUUCAUCUUGUGAUGGAGUUGUGCUCAGGUGGGCGCUUGAUUGAUCAGAUGCUUCAGGAGGGUCAGUAUUCAGAGCAGCGGACUGCUAAUAUAUUCAAGGAAGUGAUGCUAGUUAUCAAGUAUUGUCAUGAUAUGGGGGUUGUGCACAGAGACAUAAAGCCUGAGAAUAUUCUUCUUACAAAAGCAGGAAAGAUAAAGCUUGCAGAUUUUGGACUGGCCAUGAGAAUAUCCUACGGUCAAAAUUUGACUGGUUUGGCUGGAAGUCCAGCUUAUGUUGCACCAGAAGUUCUAGUGGGGAAGUACUCUGAGAAGGUGGAUAUCUGGAGUGCUGGUGUCCUCCUACAUGCGCUCUUGGUUGGUGUUCUUCCAUUUCAAGGAGACUCCAUAGAAGCGGUUUUUGAGUCGGUCAAGACUGUGAAGCUUGAUUUCCAUACAGGGAUAUGGGAGUCAAUUUCUAAACCUGCGCGAGAUCUUCUUGGCAGAAUGCUGACAAGGGAUGUUUCAGUACGGAUAACAGCAGAUGAAGUACUUAGGCAUCCAUGGAUAUUAUUUUAUACUGAGCGAACGUUGAAGGCACUACCCAUUAAAUCGAGAUUGAAGAAUCAAGCAGGAGCGCCUUGCCACCAACUUGCCAUUGCACCCAGACUAAAGGCAGUUCUGAACAAAACAGAAGAUGGUUCUCUCAGUGAAACUCUAAGCGGCCCUUCAUCUUCUGGUAGUUGCAAGUCAGAUGAUCAAGAUGAUUGUGGUUUAGUAGAUGCACUUGCCACAGCCGUUUCACACGUGAGAAUUUCUGAGCCAAAAAGGACCAGGCUGUGUAGUCCCACAGGUCCAAUUGAGCAGCAGUGUUCAUCUAACAUGAAAGCUAACCUCUGUAAAGCAUUUUGAUCCUGCUGACAACUGACACCAUCCGGUAUCAUUAGCUCUACUGUUUUUAAGCCAGGGGAUUAAAUAACCUGCCCUGGUGAUGAUCUUCAGUGGGCAAAGAUAUCAAGUGACAUUAAGCGGAGGAAGAUGGUAAAUUUGGGUUUAAUAUUGGUAUUGCCUGUGAAAUCUCGCUGCUACUCCUCUUUCUCUUUCAUAUAUGCUUAUUUUAAUCAAAUAAUGGUUUUAACCUGACAAAUUAAGAAUCCUUGUACAGAUUGUGUAAAUAGAAUGUUGCUAGUGUAUCAUGAUGUGCUUUCUCGACAUUGUAUCAUAGGUGAUAUAGUUCGUAAUCUUUGGUUAUUAAAAAGGUGUGGAGUGCUUGAAGCAAAUAAUCUUCCAUACCCUUUCCAUCUUGCAGAUUAUAUCUCUCCUGUAGUACUCAGUUACAGUCAAAUGCCCCUUAUAUAUGAGCCUGAUUAUGAAGUUUUAGUUUUGAU